AUUGGGGCCAGAAAUUGGCCUUAAGCAAUUGAGGCCAGAAAGUGGCCUACGCUUAGUGCUAGAUCUGGCUGCAAUUGGGAGCAUUGCCCAGGACUGGCUAAAUUUUGGAAUUACUGUAAUCAGUGCUCUUAAUUUAGAUUCAUGGAACUUCUGCACAGGGAAAGGCCAAAAAGGUUGUCCCGGCACAGCAACUGUGGUUUGAAGUAUUGAAAUCACAAAUUGAAACGGGAACUCCCUACAUGCUUUUUAAGGAUACGUGCAACAAGAAAAGCAAUCAGCAAAAUCUGGGAACCAUAAAAUGCUCUAACUUGUGUACUGAGGUUAUUGAGUACACUAGUCCAACAGAAACUGUUGUAUGCAACCUGGCAUCAAUUGCUCUACCCCGAUUUGUCCGGGAGAAGGGUGUUCCAUUUGAGUCACAUCCAUCUAAGCUUGUUGGAAGCAAAGGUUCCAAAAAUCAAUACUUUGACUUUGAAAAAUUAGCAGAGGUCACUUCAAUUGUCACUGUAAACCUCAAUAAGAUAAUUGAUGUUAAUUAUUAUCCCGUUGAGAGUGUAAAGACUUCUAAUUUACGACAUAGGCCAAUUGGGAUUGGGGUUCAGGGUCUUGCUGAUACCUUCAUCUUGCUUGGCAUGUCCUUUGAUUCACCUGAGGCUCAACAACUGAAUAAGGACAUUUUUGAGACCAUUUACUAUCAUGCCCUGAAAGAUCGGAAUUUGUUUGAGCUUUGUGGUCUAGUGUUGGUCUAUGAUGCACUAGUACGGGUACGGGAUACAGAUAUGGGUACGGUGCUCCAAUUCCUCUCACAACAUAAAGAUGAGAAAUGUUGCCCUAGUAAUUUUAAGGGUAGCUUUUGGAUAUUUGGUGUGGUAGAACCAUGA